AUGUCUAUCGUGGGGAAGAUUAUUAAAGAGGUUAUAGUUGUGCGCUUUAAAAGCUUCAAGACACCAAACAGGGAAUUUUUGUUGCGGGUUUCUUACAUGGAAAUUUACAAUGAGUCUGUAUCUGAUUUGCUUGUUGGUCCAAAAAGAAGACCCCUAGAAGUUAGAGAAGAUAUGGAACGUACUGUUUAUGUUGCCAAUCUGACUGAGGAGUUGGCCGUAACCUAUGAGGAUGUAAUGAAAUUGGUCCAGAAAGGAGAAAAAAACCGACAUUAUGGAGAAACCAAAAUGAAUGAGCACAGUAGUCGGUCACAUACAAUUUUUAGAGUGAUUGUAGAAAGCAGGGACAAAAAUAAUGAAGCAGUUAUUGUUGCACACUUGAAUUUAGUUGAUCUGGCAGGCAGUGAACGUGCCAGCCAAACAGGAGCUGAAGGUGUCCGCCUAAAAGAAGGAUGUUUUAUCAACCGUAGUUUGUUUGUACUUGGUCAAGUUAUAAAGAAGCUCAGUGAUGGACAAGCUGGUGGGUUUCUAAAUUAUAGGGACAGUAAGCUGACACGGAUUCUGCAGAAUUCACUUGGGGGCAAUGCAAAAACCCUGAUCAUUUGCACAAUUACUCCAGUUAGUUUUGAGGAAACUCUGAGUACUCUACAGUUUGCAAGUACUGCCAAAUUCAUGAAGAAUACGCCUCAUGUGAAUGAAGUAUUGGAUGAGCAAGCAAUGUUGAAGCGGUGUCGGAAGGAAAUAAUGGAUCUGACAAACCAACUGGAAGAACUCACCUCGGAGACUCGUGUUCAAGCAAUGGAGAAAGCUCAACUGCUGUCAGAAAAGCAUAUCCUUCAAAUGGAGCAUGAGCAGAAAAUAAAGAACUUGACAAGAAUGCUCGUCAGGGUUUCAACUGAUGAUGACCAAGAAAUGAAGGCCAGAAGAAAGAGAAGGGUUACCUGGGCUCCUGGAAAAUUGCGAGCUAGUUUUGACUCUUCUGCCAAAAUGAUCAAGUUGGAUAAGGUCUGCCAAGAGCUUGAUGAAGAUGAUGAUGAUGAUGACGAUUUUGAUGUGGAUAACGCUUGGACAUCUAAAACUAUCUCCGAGUGUAAUAGUUCAAUCACAACAAAAAGAGGUGGAAGUUGUGGUUUCCAGAUACCUCCAUUUGAAGAUUCUUUUUACUUCAAUGAACAAAACAAAAUUAACCCAAACUGUAAUAG